AUGGUCUACUCGCCCAGCACCUACCUCGUUUCCGCCGCCGUGGCCGUCGUGGCGCUGCAGAUGCAGCACACGGCUGCUACCUCGCUCUUCUACGACCCUUUCACGUCGACCGACACCGUCGGCACGAUCAGUGGCAAGUUCCCGGCUCGCGGCGCUGAUGUGGCCGACCAGGACUGCGCCGUCACGGUGCAGGUGGACCCGACGCUGCCGGACAUUACCACUAUCUCGACGGUGCCGAUGACCUACCCGGACCUGCUGAGUAACCUGACUACGGCCCCGGUCGAGCCUGUGUCGACGAAGGUGGGCACGGUUGUGCUCGCGAAGCCCGUCCCCGCUACCAUUGCUGGGCUGGAGGGCUACCUUGGCAAGGCCACGCCUAAGAGCAAGGCCGGCGACGCCCCGCUUCCUGGCACGACCACACCUGCAACCAAGACUGGCACCCCCAAGGACUGCGCCACCGGGUGGGAGGAAAGCGCUCCCAUCGCCCCAAAGCUGCGUGAGGCCGCUGUGUCUGGCCGCGCCCUCGAGGAGAAGCUGGAGACUAAGCGUCGUCUUGAGGCCAACGCCAACAAGGACAUCGCCAAGCUCGAGGCCUACUUCGGCACUAAGAUGGAGAUGGAGCUGAAGAACCUGCCCACUGAGGGCGUGCACACGCCUUCGCCCUGGCCGGGCCCGUACUGGCCCACGUACCAGGACGGCAUCAACGUCCAGUGGAGCCAGGGCCAGCCUAGCGCCGCCGAGAAGUACGCCAAGGCUUUCGGCAAGGACGUGAAGACGUUCAUGGACGCCGUGUCGAAGAAGAACGGUAUCGAUUCGCAGAGCGGCCGCAAAAAAUGCUCGUCGGACGACGACUGCUCGACUCUUACGGACGGCAGCGAGUGCGCCAUUCGCGCCGGCAAGUCCUCGGGCUACUGCAUCCCGACCUGGUACGGCAUCUGCCACGCCUGGACGCCCGCGUCCAUUCUCGAGGCUGAGCCCAACUGCCCUGUGAAGCACAACGGUGUGACGUUCCACCCCAUGGACCUGAAGGCUCUGAUCUCGGACAUCUACGACGGAGCCAGCGUGGGCACUGUGUUCACUGGUUCGCGCUUCAACGGUGGUGCAGAUACCCCCGACGAGUACGGCCGCCACUCGAACGCGGCCUACCGCGACCUGAACCCCGCCUUCUUCCACAUCGCCGCAGCCAACAUGCUCGGCAAGCUGAACGCCACGUUCGUCGCCGACGUCACUGCCGGCGCCGAGGUCUGGAACCAGCCGGUGCGUGGUUUCAAGGUGUACGAGCAGACGGAGAUGUCGACGGAGGAGGCCGCGCAGACCUUCUACGGCCUCAAGACGUACCCUUGGAAUGCUGCUGCCAAGAGCAUCACGUACGUCAAGACGCGUCUGUCGUGGAUCUUCGAGACCUACACGGACGGUGGCCUCGUGUCUUCGGGCCAGGUCGACCAGUUCACGACUGGUGCUUACUACACGUACCUGCUGGAGAUGGAUGACGCCGGAAACAUCAUCGGUGGCGAGUGGGUCUACGACUCAGACGAAAACCACCCGGACUUCCUUUGGUUCCCCAAGGCCAAGCCCGCUGCGGACACUGUGACCAGCGUCGGACUGAGCUACGCCGACGUGAGCAUGUUGCUGGCGAAGUCGGCUGCCUGCUCGGACUCGGCUGCUGGCUCAGCUGGAUCUGCGGGUUCUACACUCGCUUCGCCUUCUGCCGCUGCUUCGACUUCUGGUACGGGAUCGGCCACGGAUGUGCCGGCCACGAGCUCAGUUUCUUCCAACACGGGAAGUGAGGCCACGGAGACCCCUGCUACGGAGACACCGGCUGCUACGACAACUAGCGCCGACCCGUCAACGCCGGCUACUGGUAGCCAAAACCAAAACCACCACCACAACCACCACAACCACCACCACCAUGACCGCCACCACCAGCACCAGCAAGAGGAGCACUAA